AACAAACUAAUUCCAAGCCAAAAGUCUCACAAAAUGUUCCGAAAACUUUCUAUCAUUAUUUUCCUGUUAUAUUUGGCUCAAAUCUUGGCAGAGGACACACCAAAGAAGCGACCUCCUCCAGAUUUCUCCGUCAAAUACAUUUUCAUCUUCGGCUGUCUUUUACUGGUAACGAAGACCCGCCACUUCAUCAUUAACAAAGGAAUCCCCGUCCCUUACGCCGCCGUGUGCAUGACUUGCGGUGUCCUGUGGGGAGUCGGAACUUGGUACAGUCCUUGGAUGGAAGACGUCUCUUUAGUUUGGCCAACUAUCAUCAAUGAAUUCGAUGUCAUCUUCCUUCCGGCAAUGGUCUUCAGCACCGCCAUCUGCAUGGACAUUCACACCUUCCUGUAUUCUUUUCCCCAAAUUUUCGUUAUUUCUUUCCCAGUUGCUCUUCUCGCGAGCGCUAUGUUUGGGAUUUUGAUGCGAUUGGUGAUCGACCGGAAGUGGACAGUGGUCGAUAGUCUCUACUUUGGGGCACUAACACAGGCUAUCUACCCCACUGAAAUGCUCCGCUUAUUGAAAGAGUCCGGACAUCGCACGAAAUGCGUGGCAAUUUUGCUUGAAGGGGAGACCCUUCUCUCGGUUUCAAUCGCUGUGGCAUUCACACAAAUGUUGGGGCUCCACAUUGGAGGCUGGAUUGUCCACUGGUACCAGUGGUUAAUGGGGCUGGUGCGGACCGUGGUUGUUGCUUUGCCCCUUGGUUACCUCUUUGGAGUUUUUGGAACGUUUCUCAUGAAACUUUCGUAUACUGACACUUCUGGGCUUUUAAUAGUAACAAUAUCAAUGUGCUACAUGAGUUAUUACAUCGUUCAAUGGAUUUCAAGCGCUGGACUUCCCGCUUGUACCAUUUGCGGAAUUUUCAUGGGCAGAGCGCGAGCAACUCUUUCGAAAGAGAGGGAAGAGUCAAUUAUUAAUUUCUGGAAGAUGGUUAUUAUCAUGAUGUGCGGGAUUCUUUUUGUUGUGGCUGGAGUCAUAGCACCGAUUACUUUACGAAUAAAUGUACAAAUGAAGGAAUAUGUCCUAGUCCUGGUCACUUAUCUCAUGGCGAAUGUGACACGAUUUCUUAGUUUCUUCUUAUUUUCGCCGAUUUUGUCAAGAACUGGUUAUGGAAUGUCGUUCCAAAACAUGCUAAUUUGUGUUUGGGGAGGCUUAAAAAACCCUCUAAUUUUAAAUUUAGCAGUAGACUUGACUAUGAAAGUCUAUGGAGAGAACAGUCACCGAAGACAAAUCCUUUAUUUACAUGUCGUGGGUCUCUACAUGUUGAUGCUGUUCAUUAAUGCCACUUUCAUACCAGUUCUAUUGAGAUCUCUGGGAUUAAUGGAACUAUCACUUUCCCGCAGAAUCAACAUGAACAAUUGCCUAAAAUUCAUAAACGAAGCAAGAACACGCACUAUGGCGAUCCUAAAAAUGGACAGGUUCCUUUCGGAUGCGAAUUGGCCUUUGGUAACUAAAUGCACAACUAUGGAACACCCCUACAGGAAAAAAGCUUCAACCGAAGCCGAACAAGAGGAACAGGAAGACGAGUACCUUCUCGCUUACAAAUUCACCUUUUGCCCUGACUGUCAAAAAGAGGUACCAAACGAACCCACUCCAAAAGAAAUGAAAGACAUGAUGAAGGAAGCCAAACUUCGGAUUCUCAAGCUGAAAAAAACUGCCUAUUCGAGGCAAUACGAAAAUGGGAUGAUUUCAAGACAUGCAAUUCGAACAAUGCACCAAACAGUCGAAAUCGCGAUGGACAGCCAAGAAGCGGUGAUCGAACUCGAUGGCCUUUACAAACUGUUCGAGAAAGAGGUUUUCUUCUUUAGGUUUCUGCGAAAUCACCUCCAGAAGUUCCUCAGAAACAAGAGUGACACAGUGAAGCCGCCGCGAUUGGAGUGGCGUUUGUGGUGUUACCGCAUUGUCACCCAUGUUGCCUUUACCAUUUUCAUGAACCUGGUGGUUUUAUUUCAGAUGGUAUUCAUCCUAUAUUACUUUGCCGUACGUGUGGAGAAAGACGACGUGAUGUAUAUUGUUAUCGUCAACGCUGAUAUUUUCUUUUUUGUUGUGUACUUUACUGAAUUUUUGUUAAAAAUCUUUGCCUAUUCGUGGAUUUGGGUUUGCAGGCAUGGAUUUCGCACCUACUUUAGAUCGUGUUGCAACGUCUUAGAAUUCAUAAUUUUACUUGGUGUUUUUAUGAUAAUUGUCUUUCAUGCUACUCUGAACUUGACAGGAGCUCAUAUGUGCUAUUACGUGGAUUUAGCACUUUGCUUUCUUCUGAUACUACGAUCACUGAAGCUUUUGAGACUUGUCAACUACUUGGCUUUUUGUCAAAGACUUCCAGUCGCCUUGUCAAAAUAUUUGGACGCUAAAGUCGACAAACAUAGGGCUUUGGCAUUUGAAUUGGGAAAGUGUUACAUCACCGGGGAAGAAGAGAUCUUGGAGAACCUUCAUCAAAUCGUCGACAAUGACAAAAUUAGGGAAAGUAUAAGAGAGAGAAUCGAAAAUGAUCGUCUUGCGAUCACCAAAAGAUUAGGUUUGGCCCAGAAAGAAUCGCCCUGGGUUACCACGACUGUCAAAACACGACUAGCUAUGAGGACAGUCCUAAAUGGUAUGAAAGACGAUAUUUACGAGUUAAAACUUUCGGGUUGGGUCGACGACCUUGAAUAUGACAAACUUUUGAAAUCUUUGUCUAAAAGAUACAAAUAUGUUGAUUCGGUGAAACUCAUCCCGCCCCCGACAAGUAAAGCUGUGUUUAAGGAAAUCCCUUACAUGGCAGAAGAACCCGAACUGAUAGAAUUUUUGUAUACCAAUGUGUCCACAAAAAAGUUUGAUCCGGGUGAGGUAGUAAUAAAAGAAGGGGAAAAUUUGGAAGGAAUCUACAUUUUGAUCUCGGGGAUGCUCAUGGCAUCUUAUACACCACAUCCUUUAAUUCUUGACAAUUUGAAAGAAAAGGGUGCCAUACCUGUUGUGGAUCACAUAUGUUCACUCACUUACGACGAACCCAUGAGCGAAUACAUCGUUCCAGGGAACAGCAUAGGCGAGCUCUCAACACUGACUGGAAGAGGCUACGAUGGCAAAAUCUUGUCGGAAACCCACAGUCAAGUUUAUGUUUUGUAUAAACCUUUUAUUAAAAAAGCGAUGGAAAUGGAUGACGAUCCGGUCAACGGAUUCGAGUGCCGAAUAUGGAAAUACAUCAGCUUCAGGAGAGCAUUGACUGUCAUGAUGAACGUCCCUUCCUUCCGGUCUGUAACACAGCAAAACCUGAAGUACACACUUGAACGCUCGUUUUUACCGAACCUCUCAAAUUACAAAGUUUUCGUCGUAAAUGAGAUGAUGGAAGAUAUUAUACUCAUAGAAGGCCUCGUUGUUGACUUUAACACGAGGGACGUAUAUGCCGCUCCGUGUUACAUUCCGAGAGCAUGUCAGAGACUCAUACUGCCGAGAAGCAGUUUUGCCAAUUUGGACGUAAUGGUAGAAACUAAACUUUUGAUAAUUCCAGCCAAAGAUUUUGAUGAGUAUGAGAUAAUGAUACAUGAAGAAAGAACUUGCGAACUAGUAAGCAACGAAACGAGUAAAUGUUUGCAACAUUUAAUUCAAACGAAGGCGUUUUUGAGCAAUAGAUUUGCUAAACAUAAAAAAGUCGGAGUUCCAAGCCUUACCAAACAUAUGAGGAGGAAAAUGGGAGGAGCGGUCGAUUCAACGAAAAGCAAAAUGAUUUUCGUGUCAUCACAGGCAUCAUCUAAGUCGAAAUUAUCGAGCAGUUCUGGACCUAAUUAAUUAAGUUAUUUGUUUGUUAAGUCUGUUAAUAAAGGUUUCUAUUUCAA